AUGUCGGACAAAAUCACCGGCAAAAACCUAUCCUACGACACAAACAUCCCGCCAUUCCUGCGCGCUCUCCAAGCACAGGCAGCAGGGAACGGAGGCCCAGACGAGAUCCUCUCGAAAAGACGACGAGCGGGCAAGAAGCGCUCCGACAGCGAAGAGGCAGAGGAUGCGCCGCUGGUCGUGGACGACGAGGGCAAUGUUGUCGACGUACGGGUGGACAAGGACGGUGGCGUGGAGGCGGAUGCUAUGAAGAAGGAUGGGGUAGAGGAGGGGGAAGGGGAAGGGAAGGAUACCAAGGAGGAGAAGAGGGAGACGGAGAAGAUUGCUGGGAUCGGGGCGAGCAAGAAGAGGAAGGCUGGCAAGGUUGUUGGCGGUGAUGCUGAAGAGGAUGCUGUCGUCAAAACGAUCGUGACGAAUGACGAGAAGAACGGCGACGACGACGAGGGCGCCAAGAAGAAGCCUGCCAAGAAGAAGGGAAAGAAGAUUAAGCUUAGCUUCGAUCCAGAAUGA